AACAAUCACAACCACAGCAGCGUCAUUCCCGAUGCCGAGUCAAGUGGCUCAGAGCGUAAUCGUCGCCUGAUUCCCUAUAUGGCAUUCUAUUUGCCAGCACCGGAGCUGCCCAUCAAUCAGCAAUAUGCUGUGAAGCAUGGCUCGUCCGCCGGUGGCUCACAGCUGUUGGCACCGCCGCCCACUGCACCACCCAGCCGCAUACCCGUGCCCGUUGCCUACAUGCCGCCGUCGCAUCCACAACAGCAGUCGCAUUAUCAGUCCAAUGCAGCCGAUGUGUAUCAUUCGUUGGCGGUGCCGCAUGGACCACAUGGACCACUGCCACCUGUGCCGGGCAAGGAGCCAGCACCAUCGCCGGGCGCCACAUUUAUUGCCUACAAGCCAUUGAGCGCCGCCGCACAAAAGCACAAGACGGUGCAGCACUUUCCACCGCUGCCGCAGCAGGAGCAGCCACAUCAUCGUCAGCAGGAGCAGCAGCAGCAGCAACAACAUCAGUACGAGCUGCUGCCAGCAGGACCGCCGCAACUGCAGCUGCAGUUUCAGCGACAACGUGCUAAACAAUCAAAAGUCAAUUUAACGCCGUUUACACCGCAUAACACGCUGCCGGGACACUUUGUACCCAUUAUUUAUACGCCGCUGAGCAAAUCCAAUAGCAAUAGCAAUAGCAACAACAACAACAAUGAGCUGCAUAAUGGCAAURCAAUCAAUUACAACAAAAAGCAGCCGCCAACUGAAAUUGUCUACCAUAAAAAUGUGCAUCAAACCCAAGUUGCGACGGAUUAUGCGGGAGAUGUGCCCAAUAUAGCAGGAGUCGUCCCAAUGCCGGAGGCCCAGUCACAGGAGGAGCAGGAGCAGCAGCAGCAGCAGUCAGCAGAGGAGACUGUGCCAUCGAAUCCCAGAUCACCCACUCCACCACAGUUUAUCGAUUACCUCAUCGAUGGGCCGCGACAAUCGCUAGAUGAGGAACAACAACAACACCAACAGCAGCAACACCAACAGCAACAACACGCCUACAUCCUGGUCACCACCACAGCUCCUUAUACGGAUCAUUCGCCGCGUCUUCCGGAUUUACCGCCACCCACCCGCCGCCCACAUCUGUACAAACAGCAGCCCACGCUGCGCCUACAGCCCGUGACUCCAGUGCACAAAUAUCAAGCCACCCGUCGACCCGUCUACGUCAGUCCGCCCACGCCCAGCGAGACUGUCAAGAUAACGCCCAAGUACGUCUAUGUGACCAGCAAACCGCCAGCAGGCGCAGUCCACAGCGAGCAGCCCCAGGCACCGCCGCCCAUUAAACUGAAACCCAUUCACAAAUACGCCCAAGAGCGACCCCAUGCGCCGGCUCGACCCAGUCCGGCUCUUGCACCGAACGACAUUGAUCAGCUGCCCGACAUACGCACCUCAUCGCUGGCCGAGAUCCUGCACAAGCUGCAAGCGAGCAACCACCUGCCGCAAACCCUCACCCCGGACAACAUAGACAACUCGAUCAAAACGCUGAUACGCAUUCUACAGAAUCUCAAGCGGACCCAAACAAUUGUGACCGAUCCGCCACAGCAUCACGAGACCAAGCCUAGCAGCAAUUCCGAUUAUGAUUACAACACGGGCAGCGAAGAGACGCAUCAGACGCCAGCCAAGACGGCGGGCCAUGUCGAUGCGGAUCUGCUGAAUCUAAAGGGACCAAAUAAACAUCCUGGUCCUAGCACAGGUCGUGCAGGCAUUGAUUAUCCCAACUAUGCGGAGAUUCCGAAGACCAGCUUCGAGUGUACUCAGCAGCGUUACAAGGGUUUCUUUGGUGAUCCGGAGACCAAUUGCCAGGUGUGGCACUACUGUGAUCUCAACGGCGGCAAAGCCUCGUUCCUGUGCCCCAAUGGCACCAUCUUUAGUCAGAUUGCGCUGACUUGCGACUGGUGGUUCAAUGUGAAGUGCUCGACGACUUCACAGUUAUACGUGUUGAAUGAGCGUCUGUAUAAGUACAUCCUACCCUUCAAUCCCAAGUUCCCCGAGGAUUACAAUGGGCCCAUUGUGGAUAAAUAUUUGGCCAUGAAGUUCCAGGAAAUGGAAGAGAAAAUGCGCCUGGAAAAGCAGCGCAAAGCCAAUCAGCUAGCGGAAAAGCCGGAUGCCUCAGGCGAAGCAUCCACGCCCGCAUUGCCCAAGAACCACAAGGCGUCGCCCAAACAUGGCAGCGGCAUCAAUGCACAGGUCUACGAGCAGAGCUCGGAACGUAAUCUGCUCAUCGAUGAUGAGAUUGAUGACAUCUCGGAGCGUGGCACCUUCGACACCUAUGGCCAGGCGCCAACUACGAUAAUGGCUCCAGUCCCAACAACAACGCCCAUAUUUCAAGACUCUCAAACCCUGGGACAUAGGCCGAUAGUAGUCUCAUCAACACCUGGGCCAGAUCUGUCCGAUGAGCUGGACACGCUGCCAACGUUAGCUAGCGAUCCAGAGCAGGAGUCUGAACUAAGCGAGAACUCGCCAGAGAGCAGCGAGGAGGUGGAAGAGAAGCUGCAAAAUUUGCGUGACACAAAUUCGGCUGCCGGCCAAAAGCAGCUCGAGACGACAAAAGUGAGCGUCGAGAAGCAGGAGGUGAUUGAGAUUAAAACAGAUGGCUCAACUGGACACCUAAUGCCCAUAGAGCAGGCGAGAAAUUGAGAUAAAGAAUAAGAGAGCCUGUGGCUGAGAGCAUGCUUGCCAUAUUUGUAAUGAGAGUUCUUGUACUUGUUCGUUUUUCGAUUGCGUAUGCGCAUUAAAUUAUUCAUAGCGAGCGACUACUGUAAAUAGCUAACUGUAAAUGAAACAAAAACUAUCUAACUAUAUAUACUCUAUAGAAAACACUUAGAUAUACAUUUUAAUUAAAAU